CUCAUGAAUUUGUUUUCAAUAUUCAAAGAAUCAAAGAAUGUUUCUUCUUUACUGCUAUGUGAUGUGGAAGAAGAAACUAGUGAAGUCGUGGUUUGAGGAAAGUUGAUCCAACCAAGUAAACAAGUCAUUAUUCUACAGAAUUUGAACUUGCGUUUUACGAAAAGAAUAGAAAUCAAGAGUCAUUUGAAGAAAGCUUUCACAGGUAUUUCUUUCGGUGACGAGUCAGCUGGACACGGUUUUCCGUGAAGCUGUUUUCAAUCAAUCGACCACAAAAGGAUACCUUGUGCAUACUUUCUCUUAAUAGCCAAUCCAUAUGAAUGAAAUUCGUUCUUCCUUAGAGCUGUCCAUGAUUAUUCGCAAAAUCAACCAAAAUUCAUUUCUUACCAUUAUAUUAUAGCUGCAUAUUGGCGUACAUAUUGUCUUUCCAAUGACACCAAUCAAGCAAAGUCGCGGUGGUGUAGUUGGGAGCAUGACAGACUGAAGAUCUGUUGGUCACCGGUUCGAUCCCGGUUCGUGACACUCUUUUUAUUCAUUUUUAUUCUCUUUUUUUCAACUUGCUAGUAAGUAAAAAAGGAAACUGUUGUAUGCUGUGUCGACAAAGAAUGAAUAGCGCUUCCUUGAUGUGGUUGCCGUUACAGUCAUCUUUUUCAUUUCAAAGACAAUGGUAUCGGUGAACAUUGAUAUUUCGUAUAUUAAAGGAUACCUCUUUCCCUAGUUCUUUGUCUACAAGAAGUUACUGCAAAUUCAAAUAGCUACGAGUAUUAUAUGUAGCACAGUUGAAGCAGCUCGCGCUUGGGAAUGGAUUUCAAAGAAGGUGGUUACUACAUUUUUAUGUAUACUAAUGCAUUCAUUUGAGAAAUCAGGAAGACAACCUGGACUCGUUCACUAUCCAAACCACAUUGAAACAGAUUUUAAUUUCAGUUGUGUCAAACACUUUUUUAUGCUCACUUUACCAACUUGACGAGAUGAUCAGUGAAUCGAGACUAUCAGAUGAAAAAGUUUUUUCUCUCCCUUUUUUUAUUCUUUUUUCCAUUGUUCUGUUCUUUCUUUACAAGUUGAAAAUUAGACACCAAAAACAUAAUCAGAAGACAUUUUACUUAAAAUAGAAAUGGUUUGAUAGAGAGGAGUCACUCAUGAUAUAACCAAAGCGAGAAUUAUCUAAGCGAGAACUGGUGUGUCCAAUAAGUUUUACAAGUCCACCACUACUCAAAGUGAAACACCAAUUAAUCCUUCAACUUGCUUUGAAAAUUUCCCUUUUCCAUUACCCUUAAUUUUCCAUUUCAUAAAUUUCAGACCUUAUAAAUCUCAUCUCAUAAAAAUAUGUCAAACAGAGUUUUCGAGGCCGAAGAAGUUGUUCAACACAACUCUCCAAAGGACUUGUAUAUGGUCUUUGAAGGAAAAGUUUACGACGUGACUUCAUUCGCAGAGGACCAUCCUGGUGGUUUAGAUAUUUUGCUUGAUUACGGUGGCCAAGACUGUACCAAGGCAUAUCGCGAUGUAGGCCAUUCGGCUGCCGCUGAUGAGUUACUACAAGAAAUGUACAUUGGUGACUUAAAACCUGGAGCUGAAGAAAGACUUUUUGAAUUACGACAACCUCGCACUGAGGAAAAUGACGCUCCUUCUAUUUUCAUGAUCCUUGCUUUAAUUCUCGUUCCUGCUUUAGCCGUAAUUGGUUAUAUGAAGUUCAAGGGUUAAACACGGUUUUCUGUGCGAGAAUAUGAAAUCUCUUUACUAUUUAUGAUUCCGUAAAUAUUGCGCAUAUUUGAAUUCCACUGUUAGACAAUGAUAGCAAACCUUGCUUUUUCUAGCGCCCUCUAUUGCUUUUUACAAACAUUCAACAACAGAUUAUGAUAAUCAUGUAGCAUUGGACAUCAUAUAUUAAAUUAAUUCUUCAUUACUAGUAAAUUAACUCCAAAACUGUAUCGAGCCCCAAAGUCUAAUUAAGCUUUUGUCAUUAGGAAAACUACUUUCCUUUGAGAGCCGCUUUUUAUUUCAUAUAUUAUGGCCUAAGAAGGACUUUCACUCAUCGACGGCUUCACUUUAGACAAAUUUACAAUCAUUUUUCCUCGAAUCAUUUCUGUGUCGAACUUCAUACCCUUAAUUUCCCGAAGGAACAGGUCUAGCUUCUUCUGGAUAAAUUCUUGAUCUUGUUCAGUAGGCGUACUCGUUUCAUAUUCCGGCGCUAAAUCCAAUGAGUUCAUUUGAUCCAUCAAUUCCCUUCAUCAAUUAUCAGCAAAUGCACUUUUUUUAUAUAUAUCAGUCCUUACUCAUAAGUGUUCUCAUCUUGAGUUCUUUCAAGAGGCUCUGUUCUUAGUCGCAUAGAAAACACGUCAAUGAAGUUAUUUCUGCAGUUGUCAAUACAAGGUUCCUUUUUUCUUUAUAUCUUAAAUUCUUACUUUGCAUUCUCGUAGAUUUUGCUUUCAAAUUCUUCUUCUUUCUGGCGUUUCCUCAGGCUCAUAUUUGAUUCAGCGGUAGGAGCAGUUCUUUGGAUUCUAAAGGUAUCAGCAAUCUAACAACAGUUCAAAGCAAUUCGUCUCAAAUUUACCCUUCAUUAGGAAGAAGCGGAGUAACUUCAUCAAUCUACACAUUUAUUAGCUCCCACCAGGCAAUGUUGAUUUGACGAACCUCGUCAGAACUGCCAAAAUGCGAGCAGCAAUUUCCCAUUUUCAAAUUUUAAUCCAAAAAAGAAGCCAGAACAAGUUAUAAAAUCACUCUAUUUCUUUAAAUUGUGCUUUCUCGGUAAGCUGGUAUUUUUCAGGUUCUCCUAGGUUGUGAGUGUCAGUACUGUUUACAGUACGCCAACAAAAAUAUAUAUGCAACUUAGUAUACUCAGAGGAU